AUGUUUUACGCAGGGGAUUUACAAGGUGGCAUAGCUCUUGCAGUCAGCGAAGCCAAACAUGUUAUAUGCUUUGUCCGAGAUGACACAAACGAAAGCUUGAAAUGGGAGAAUGAGUAUUUAGCAAGUGAGGAGAUAACGACAUUAGUGAAAUCGAAAACAGUCUCUCUGCGGCUCCAAGCAGGUUCAGUAGAAGCAGGCUACUUAGCUUCGUUUUGCCCUAUAAGCAAAAUACCCGCGUUGGUAGUUAUAAAAAACGGCGUGGUUCGAGAAUAUAUCGUAUCUGGCGUCUCUGAGGAGGAUUUCAAGCGUCGAUUGAAAAAGGGCCUCGAAGAUUCCCGUGCACCAACUCCCCAGCUAGCACCGCAGCCAUCACAAAUAGAGAGUAAUAGUUCUCCUGGGGUAAUCACUCCGGUAUCCUCCGGCCCUCUUUCAACACAUACCCCAGACCAGGACUCGGAAUCUACGGAGGAGCAGUGGCAGGGAACUUCCGAACGUCAAAGGAGGGAAAGCAUACGAGCCGGCAAACGACGAGCCGAGACUAUCGAAGAGCCAGAAAAUGACCAAAAGGCUCCUCCAUCACAAACUCAGAGCUGGCUGUUAGAACAGCGGAAACGAGAACAACAGAAGAAAGAGGAACGGGAUCGAAUAUUAAACCAAAUCAAGCGUGACGCUGAAGAUCGGAAAGCGAGAGAGGAAUCACGAAAAGAAUCGUUCGUGUCGUCAACCAAUAAUGAAAACAAUACGCCAAGAACUGGAAACAAACAGCCGCAAGCGAAAUUUAAACCAAAUCAACUCCGCUUACAAAUACGUCUCUUUGAUGGCAGCUCAGUACGCUCGAGUUUCUCACCAACGCAGACCAUUCAAAAUGACGUUCGUCCCUGGCUAGAUAGCCAGCGCUCAGAUGGCGACACACCAUACAAUUUGAAACAGAUCCUCACGCCCCUCCCCAGCCGUACUAUAUCAGUCGCAGAAGAAAACCAAACGCUUGAGGAACUUGGGCUAGGCCCCACUGCAAAUCUCGUAAUGGUUCCAGUGCGCACAUACACAGAAGCGUAUGCCUCGGCGGAAGCCUCCCUUCCCGUUAGAGGGCUAUAUGCUGGUUAUGACCUUGUUACUGGAACCGUUGGUGCCAUAGCAGGGGCCAUAGGAUCAAUCCUAGGGAUAUCUCAGCAUCCAGCUGCAAAUACCGGGCCAGCAGCGGCUGAGCCACCAUCCGCAGCAGAGGGGCCUAGUAGAGCUAAUUUUCGGGGAGGUAGGAAUGGCAGAUCGAAUGUGAGAACUCUCCAUGACGGUGAUGAUGGUGAUGGAGAAGGCCGACAAUUUUAUAACGGGAAUCAGUUAAAUUUCGAGCCCCGUACGGAUCAAGAAAACGAGUAA